UUGCAAAUAUGAGGUUAGAUAAAAAAUAAUUAAGUCCAACCCGCACGUACUAGAAGUAGGUCUUGCACAUUGGGUUGAGUCGCGCGUACGCUUAUAAAGUGUAUAUGGGUUACUCUCCUACUUGCUAGGACCAAGACCACCAGCUGCAGAGAAGCGCAGCAGCCAUAGAACCAUGUGGGCCGCUCUGCCACUUCAACCACCAAAACCAUGGCCACUCAACGCCCUCUCCACCACCAAACCACCUCCACUACAUUCUGUGCCCAUCGCCAACCGCCAAAACGGAGGCGAAAUGGGUGGUCCGCGGCAGGUAGUUGUCACUGCCCUCAAUUCCAAUAAGCCACAGCACCGAAACGCCACAAAAUCAAGGAUAGAGUCAGAACCACCCCCACCCCUUGAAAAGCAAGAAAAAUUGGAGGAGCAACAGCAACAACAGCAGAGGCAGAGGCAGCUAAGUGGCGCUGAUGUACUGAUGGCACUUGAGAGAGCCACAGCCGACAAAACCAAGAAAAAGAAAGCGAGGAGGAACACUGGUGGCCUUUCUAGAGGCCGCAAUAGUGCGGGAACAGCGAAGCAGGAGACUUCCAAUUUCAGCGAUGUUAGGCCCUUAUGCAUUAAACCAGAAUGGAGUGAUCGGUUGGAGGAAUUGGAAAGGAGACUUCAACAACUUGCACAUAGUCAAGGCCAUAGGUGAAAACUUGUAUUCCACUCGAUUCAGGGUCUUUCUCAAGAUAAACGCAUUUCAGACAUCUUUCUAAGAUUUUACACCUGUAUACAAUAAUGUCAAUAUGUCUGCACUACAUUUAAGGGCAAAAAGGAGGUGAAUCGUUUACCAA